UAUGGAACCAAUAGCAACGUUGUUGAAUAAAUAUUAUGAUAAGAAGCGCAAAUAUGAAUAUUAUAGAAUAGCUAAUCUGAUAGAAGAGGAGAACAAGAAAAAUCCUAAUAGACCACCAAAAGGUAUUGUAGGAGAAAGACCAUCGCCAGCAAAUUCUUAAGAGAGUUAAAGACAAUAAGAAUCUCCAAAUACUGUAAAAAGAAUUAGGAAUAUACAAAUUUUAAAGGAUUUAAGUUGGCUUAAUAAUUCAUCUUAAAUUAAUAAAAAGAAGAAUGAUAUAUCCUGUACUUUAUAAGAAAUUUGUAAAUAAUUAGGAAAUAUUGGUUUGGAAUAAUCUUCAUUAUUAAUUUCUUAAGGGAAAGGUGAUGAAAUGAAACUAGAUAAAUUUUUAACUUAUCUUAAUUAAUAAUCAUAGAAGAUAUAAAGAGAUAAAGUGUCUGAAACAUAAAAAUAAACUAAAAAAUUAAGUUAACCUCAUGAAUAAUUAAUUUAGACAAUUAUUCAAAAGUAAAAUGAUGAUAUUAAAUAAAGAUUGGGUUCAUAACAUUCUAAAUAGAAUACAGAACUUAUAUAGUAAAUGAAUAAGAUAUCAAGAGAUAUUAAUGUAAAUUUUAUAAAGAAUUAAGUUGAUUCACUAUUGAAGAAUAAAUAAAGUAAUGAAAAUUUGUAAAGUAAUAUAAGAAUGGAUUAAAAUGAUUAUAUAAAAUAAUCAAUAAAUCCUAAAUCAAAAACAAUAGUGUAACAAUAACCUAAAAUAUCAACUCAAUUAUUUUUAAAAGAUUUAAGAAAAAAUGUUUAAUAAAUACCAUUAAAUCUUAAUCGUUAACAUUAGAAUCCUGUUCUAUCUCCAACAUCAAAUAAUAAUACUUAAAAAACCUAAACAAAUAAUCAAAUAUCUAUUGGUAUUUUUAUAAUAAAUUUUUAGGCAAAUUGAAUCUUAAAUAAAUUUCUAAAAUAUUUAUUGAAGAAGAUCCCACAGAAUAAGAAUUAAAAUGGAAAAUUGGAUCAUAAACUCAUAGACCUAUAUCUGGAACUAAAAAUUUCUUUUCUAAUAGAAAUAGUCCAACUGCAUCAAGAGGAUCUUAAUUUGAAUUUAAAACCAAUUAAGUGAAGUAAACUUCAAAUUAGAUUUCAACCCAUUCAUAAAUAUCAUAAUAAUAAUAAUAGAGUCAAAAAACUAUUAAAGUUGCUGGAUCUUAAACAACCAGAAAGGCAACAUAACCAAAUAUUCAUAUCCGAUAUACAUCUAAUUAAGAUAAAAUCAUCAAUAUUAAUAUUAAUAUUAAUGACAAUUUAUAGAAUUAAAAAUGUAAUAAUUAUAAUACUAAAAUAUUUUAGUAAAAUAAACAAAACAUAAAAAGAAUUAAUCUGAAGGAAAACAAUUAAAUUCCCCUUUAUUGGAUACAUAAUAAGAAUUUGUAUGUUUAACAGAUAGAGCAGGUUAAGGUGAAUUUUUAUUUAAAAACAGUAUAGCUGCAUCAUGUUAAAAUUCACCAAAAACAUAAAAAUUAAAAAGAGUUGGUAGUGGUAUUGGUAUGAGUAACUUAAAAAAUUCAGGAAGUACAAGAAAUUCAUUUAUUCAAUAAAUGCUCACUUAGGUUUCUAAAUAAUAACCUAAAUAAGACUUUUUUUCAUCAUAAUUCAGAAAACCUAAUUGA